AUGCAAUCUCCAGUCCCUGGGCGCGAACCAGGCUCGCGGCGAUCGACCGCCUGUGACGCGUGCUUCCACCGCAAGAUUAAAUGCGAUAGCACUAAACCCCGGUGUAACUGGUGUUAUCAUCGCCAAGUGGAUUGCACGUACGACCGUCAUCGUUCUGAUGGGACUGUCCGCAAGAAGGCCUCUGCUGGGAAAAGGCGAAACUUGAUCGAUCGCAUUCGUCACAUUGACCAGCUCCGCGCGGAGUCUAGAUUGGGGGACGACCUACCACCAGCGGAGAAACAGGCGGAUACAGCUCGUCAGUCCGCUAGCCCGAGCCAGUUCCUUGGCCCGAUACAGCUGCUACCAUCUCCUAGGAUUAUCCAUUUUGCAGGAUGGAAGAUUGGCAAUAUAAGCCCCGACCGGGGAUCAACACCAACGUUGGUGCCCGAGGGUAUCCAAUGGAUCCAGUCCAGAACAGGAACUACGGUGCCUUUCCCAACCGCCCACUAUGCACCAUGGGAAAAGGCAAAGCCAUCUCACAACCUAGCCAUCGGUGCUCGUCGGACCUCAACGAGACGCCUUGAGCUUCCACCGAGACCAGUCCUGAGCCGCUACUUGGAUGCCUACUGGUCGUCCGCGAUACAUGCACUAUUCCCCGUGAUUGAUUCGUCGCUAUUUUCCCAGACAAUAGACACUGCGUAUCUGGCCUCCGAGAGUGGUGCUCACCACAGCUCGAGGGCAUGUAUAUUUGCCCUCCUUGGUCUCGUCUCAGGAGUGGAUUAUCCUAGAGCCCAAUGCACUGCUCCAACGCCCCCAAACGUCCCGAGAGAUGAUUACAUUCUCGAAACCCAACGACUAUUACCGUCUAUCAUAUGCGAAGGGUUUAAUUUAGAUGCCUUACAGGCCACCGUCAUUCUGGCCGUGCUAGGUGUCAUGACAGGUGAACUGCAGAAUGCCACCCACUAUGCUUCCAUCUCUUCACGUUCUAUCAUUGCCGUGGGCGUCCAUACUAUGGGAGACCCCGCCCAAGAGGUCGGCAUUCCCAGCAGUGAUUCAGAUGAUAUACGAAUUAGGAAGCAUCUCCGUAACCUCUUCUGGAUCUGCUAUGCCCUGGACAAAGAUAUUUCGUUACGUACAGGACAGAGCCACUGCCUGCGGGAUGAAGACUGCAACCUCCAGCUGCCAGUUGACUAUACUAAAGAUCUUUUCUCGCGAAUGACCUAUUUUGCGCCACUGAACGCUGUCGAGGGUCCAUUAUUCCCCAUCGAACUACACCUGAGUUUGAUCAAAUCCCGGAUAUUCACCGCGCUUUAUUCGUACCAGGGGAUGCAAAAGAGCGAUGCCGAAAUCAUCCGCCUAAUCCGAGAAUUGGACGAUGAAAUUGAACGGUGGCGGCUUUCAAUACCGUCCGAGCUGAGACCAACGCUUUCCUACGGAAAGGAUGCCCAUAAGCAUCCGAAUACAAUGACCAUGUAUCUUGUUCUCGUACACUUGAACUACUACUUUUGCAUCAAUAUAGUUCACUUAGCAGGGAGUCGGUGCGAGUCGUGGCGUUCCGCCUGCUCAUCUCCAGGGAUGAUGGAUGGCCUGAAAUCCAGCCUAACGCUGUCUGUUGAAGCGAGUCGCUCUUUACUAUGUUUCCUGAGGGAUGCCGAAAACUCUAUAAGCACGGGAAGCUUCUGGUCUCUCCUCUUCUACCCCAUGUCAGCGGUCCUUACACUAUUUUGCAAUCUACUGGCGGAUCCAAACGCUUCUACCGCGGCGGAUGAUGCACACCUUCUUGUCGUAGCAGAACAUACCACGGAACGUGUUUUUCUGCGGCAGAUAUCCGAAAUCGACCAGGCUGCCCAUAUACAAGCCAUAACCGGGUUCAUUUCUAGCGUACGGAACAUUGCGCAGCAAGCGAUCAAGAAAUAA